AGGUGAAGUGUUAGUGAUCCGUCGCCAUGUACUUAGGUGUCAUGUAUGUGGUCAUCUGAGUGCGUACGUUAUCGCAGCGUCAAUUAAACAUCUCAGUAUUCAGUGCCUCCGCUGUGCAUUCAAUAGUUAAUAAUAUUAAAUCAAACAUUUUGUCUACAAUAAGUAAGAGAUAAAAAAAAAUCAAUUAGUAUGUUGGAAAACAUCGAAAGUGUACUAAUAGCUUUAGGUAUUGCAAAAAAAAAUUAAAUCAACCCGUCUUAUCAUCUGUAGCUACGCUCAUUUUUGCCGUAUUUUUGUAAUUAGUUCAUAAACCCAAAUUUACUGUCAAUGAUGAAAUAUUUUGUUUAUUGAACAAGCAACCGUAACUAUUGUCUAUUGUUUCUUUUGUUUCAAGAUGCUUUUGAAAAUGAACACGAUAUACGCCAUAUUACCUUUAGCAUUUGCGACGGCUGUAACAGCCCUGACAAAACAUCCUUUAGUUAUGAUCGUAUCUUUUGAUGCUUUUCGACCUGAUUAUAUAAAUCCUAAAACGACGCCACAUUUAGCCAUGUUCAAAAAAUCUGGAGUUUCGGUUCCAUACAUGAAAAGCGUAUUCCCAACCAAAACGUUUGUCAAUCAUUUCAGCAUAGCUACAGGUUUAUAUGCCGAAACUCAUGGAAUAUUGGACAAUUAUAUGUUUGACAGCAAAUUUAAAUACAUGCACUGCUCAGAAGAACAGUUUCACUACAACAAUCGGGUCGUCCCCUUAUGGUUGGAAAAUGAAUUUAAUGGCGAUGAACGCUAUAGUGGUGUUAUGAUGUGGCCAGGUUCUGAAUUUUCAUACCUUGGAAAAAAACCCACGUAUAUUGGUCAAUACAACAAAUCAUUAAAAUGGACGGAAAGAGUAGACAAAAUGAUGACUUGGAUCAAGAAUGACAAACGACCAUCUAAUUUAAUUUUUGCCUACUUUGAGGAACCUGACUUUCUAGGACAUUAUUAUGGAAUCCAUACAGGUGAAAUGAAAGAGCAAAUUGUUAGAGUAGACGCAGCAGUCAAGUACUUAACCGAUUCUAUAAAAAAAGAAGGUCUUGAAUCAAUAUUGAACUUAAUUAUUUUAAGUGAUCAUGGUAUGGAAUCAGUUAAAUACAAGGACUUGAUUUACUUAGAAAAUUAUUUAGACACUACAAAAUUUACAAAUAUUUCAUCGGGAACAAAUGUGUUUAUUCAUCCGAAUCCUAAUACAUAUGAUGAAGUUUAUAAAAAUCUUACUGCACUAGCCAAAAAAUUGGGAAAUUUUAAUGUGUAUACAAGAAAAAACAUGUUAGAAAGAUGGCACGUAUCAAAAAACGAACGAUGGAAUGAGCUUAUUUAUUUAUUAGCAGCGCCUGGUUAUGCGUUCAAAGACAAAUGGAUUUUAGAAUAUUUUGAUGGAAGAAAUUUGUCAACUGCUGAAAUUGGCGUACAUGGAUACGAUAAUCUAGAACCUUCGAUGUUUGCUACUUUUAUGGCUCGAGGACCAGCGUUUAAAAGCAAUUAUUCGAUAGAACCAUUUGAGAACAUUAAUAUAUUUCCUCUUGUUAGCUAUAUAUUGAAUAUUAAACAGACCGGUGAUCAUGUCCGAACCAACGGAUCGUUAAAUAAUGUUGAAAACUUAUUAGCAAAGAACCACGGUACUUCAAUGUUAUUUUACAAUAAUAUUUUACUGGUUGCCGUUACAGCCUUAGUACAUAUUGUCCGUGUUAAACAUUGUUAAAUGUCUAUGUAUGAAAUGUCUUGUAAUGGACCACAUUACGUAAAUGCAUAAUGUGAAUUUUGUGUUUUGAGUUAACACUUACACCACGUCACUGAUACAUAGACACUAAAAAUUGUAGUAAAUCAUUCGUUUGCAUUUCGAUUUCAUUAGAUUCACUGAGUGACUAUUGCCGUAUAAAUUUAAUCAGUGGUUUUUAAAAACAUUCAUAAAAAAUGAUAAAAAAAUAAAGUUUAUAAAGUUUUUUUAAAUAUUUUUAUUCUCGAUUAACAAAAACAAUUUAUAGUAAUAUUUACUAAUUAAGCAAAUAGUUUGGUGUAAUAAAUUUAAUCAGUAUUCUCAAUAAGU